ACUUGUGGAACAUACAAGAGGAUUGACCACCGCAAUCUGAGUAAUCUGAGUUUGAAAAUUGAAGAUUGAUCCAAAAACGUUCGGCUCAACUUGUUUUCUACAACCACCACCUUGCCCAAAAGCCCAAAAAAUUUCAUAAAAAAGACUCUAGAAAAAAAAGCGGUUGCCUUGUUGCCUCCUGUUCGCAGAAAAGUCCUCAAAGCAGUAACGACCCCCCAAAACCCAGAAAACCAAAUAUGUCUUCGUCUUCCGUUCCCGAGGCCGCACCUAUGGUCCAACCCGAGGCUGCACCUGCGGCUCCGGCUCCGGCUCCGGCUUACAACCCUCAGCCUUCCGUCACCUCCUCGCCCUCUGCGUCGCUUUAUGUUGGUGAACUCGACCCCACUGUCACUGAAGCCAUGUUGUUCGAGAUCUUCAAUAUGAUCGGUCCUGUUGCAAGCAUCCGUGUCUGCCGUGACGCUGUGACGCGUCGCUCCCUGGGAUACGCGUAUGUUAAUUACCUCAAUACUAGCGAUGGUGAGCGUGCCCUUGAGCAGCUCAACUACUCGCUUAUCAAGAACCGCGCAUGCCGUAUCAUGUGGUCCCAGCGUGAUCCUGCUUUGCGCAAAACUGGUCAAGGCAACAUCUUCAUUAAGAACCUUGACGAGGCUAUCGACAACAAAGCCCUCCAUGACACGUUUGCUGCCUUUGGUAACGUCUUGUCGUGCAAGGUUGCCACCGAUGAGCACGGCCGCUCGAAGGGUUAUGGUUUUGUACACUACGAAACUGCCGAGGCUGCCGAUACUGCCAUCAAAGCUGUCAACGGCAUGUUACUGAACGACAAGAAGGUGUAUGUCGGUCACCACAUCUCUCGCAAGGAACGCCAAUCCAAGCUCGAUGAGAUGAAGGCCCAAUUCACCAAUCUGUAUAUUAAGAACCUUGACCUCGAGGUCACACAGGAGGAGUUUGAGGAACUCUUCAACCGAUACGGUAAUGUGACUUCCGCCGUCAUCCAGGUUGAUGACGAGGGCAGGAGCAAGGGCUUCGGCUUCGUUAAUUAUGAGACUCACGACGAGGCUCAGCGAGCUGUUGACAACCUACAUGACAUUGAGCUCAACGGCAAGAAGCUCUUUGUCUCGCGUGCCCAGAAGAAGGCUGAACGUGAGGAGGAGUUGCGCAGGUCUUACGAGCAGGCCAAGAUGGAGAAGCUCAGCAAGUACGCAGGCGUCAACCUGUACAUCAAGAACUUGGAGGAUGACGUCGAUGAUGAGAAACUUCGUGCCGAGUUCGAACCCUUCGGUACCAUCACUAGCUGCAAGGUCAUGCGCGACGAGAAGAGUACCUCGAAGGGCUUCGGAUUUGUGUGCUUUUCCUCCCCCGACGAGGCUACUAAGGCGGUCGCGGAGAUGAACAACAAGAUGAUCGGCUCGAAGCCGCUGUACGUCUCGCUCGCUCAACGCCGCGAGGUUCGCAGGCAGCAACUGGAAAGCCAGAUUGCUCAGCGCAACCAGAUCCGCAUGCAACAGGCUGCGGCUGCUGGUAUGCCAGGGACCUACAUUGGUAGUCCUAUGUACUACCCUGGGCCUGGUGGUUUCCCUCCUCCAGCACGCAACAUGAUGGGCUAUGGCCAACCUGGCAUCAUGCCCCCUCGCCCCCGCUACCCCCCAAGCGCCGGUCAAGCACCCGCCGGCAUGCCCAUGGCGCCUUACGGUGCCCCUCCUCCUCAGUAUGGCAUGCCUGGCUACGCUCGCGGAGGGCCUCGUCCUCCCGUUGCCCGUGGACCUGGCUCAUCCCCCACUAAUCCUAAUGUUCCCAUGCCGCGUGUCAACGGUCCUCCAACCAAUGGCGCUGCUUCUCGACCUGGUCCUCCCCAGGGCGGUGCCCCGCCUGCCAAUCGUCCUCCUCCUGGUGUUCCUGUUCCUGCUGUUCGUAACCAGCAACAGUACAAGCUCAAUCCUCAGACCCGUAAUGCUGUUGCUGCCCCUGUUCAGGCUGCCCCUCCCCCUGCGAGCGCGCCGCAACAGGAUGCUUCUAGCCUCACGUCUGCUGCCCUUGCUAAUGCAUCUCCGAUGGAACAAAAGCAGAUGCUCGGCGAGGUUAUUUACAUGAAUAUUGCUCCUGCCCAACCCGAGCUGGCUGGCAAGAUCACUGGCAUGUUGCUCGAGAUGGACAAUGCAGAGCUCUUCCACCUCCUUGAUUCUCCCGAUGCUAUGACUGCCAAGGUCAACGAGGCCCUCGCUGUGCUCCAUGAUUUCUCUAAGGAUGAGGCGUGAGCAAUCAAGAUGGAUGAGGCGUAGCUUUGGCGGUGGGGUCAUUCAGUUGUCUGAAGAUGUUGUUUUCUGGAGCAGAUUCUCGGCUCGUCCUUUCUUUUCGCUUGCUUGUUGUGUGGCAUGUUUAUCAUCUGCGGCUGCUGCCUCUUCGUCAUCGCUUUUUCUCUACGUCAUGGGUAUUGGUGGUGGUCAUUCCUUUGUGUACUUAAAGGAACAGAGGUGAUACAACUUGUAUCUUCUGCCU